GGCAGUUGCUUUUAAUCAACUUGUCUUUAGAGCCGUGGCAGUUAGUUCAUGUCACUUGAUCAACUCAAUGGCCUUUAGAACCUCACCACGUGUUUUGUAUCGGACACUUGUGAAGAUUAUACAGGCAACAAAGAAAGCAGUUGAGACCAUUAAGGAAACCGCCGCCAACAUUGGUGCUUCUGCCAAGUCUGGCUUAGAGAAGACCAAAGCCACAGUCCAGGAAAAGGGUGAGAUUAUGAGUGCAAGUGAUCCCGUGCAGAAGGAAAUGGCAACAGAGAAAAAAGAGGAGAGGAUCAACCAAGCGGAAAUGCAGAAACGGGAAGCACGUGAGUAUAAUGCUGCGGUCAAAAUGUGUCACGUGACUGAGGGCUAUACUGGACCCACCAUUGAGACUGCUGCUGGAUACUCCAUCAUUGGUGACUAUGGAUCUGGACAACCAAUGGCUACUGAUAACGUGUCGACAAUUCCUGGUAUUGGGCUUGGGCUUGGAGCAGAUGUGAUGGGCUCACACCCGAUUGAGACCAACACAGGAAUGGAUACUACUACUGCUGAGGCCCGUGUUGUCCACGUGGAUGGAAGUGUUCCAGGGAGUGGGCCUACUCAUUAUUAGUUAUGUGUUUGUGUGUACUAUGUUGUUUUAUUUCUGUUUAGUCAAUGUUUAGUUUUGUAUCCUAGUGAUGCUACUGGUUUCAUAGGGUUGUUGGUUUCUCUGUUUUAGAUAUGGGACCAAGUGUUGUACAACAUGGUACAUCUUGUACCGCAAAGUUGUUAUGUUUGUUUGUUUCAUUAAAUAAAUCAAAGUGUGAACGUAAUGUUUUGAGUUGUUG